AACUAAGUAUGUAUACAAUUCAAUUAUGAUAAAAUAAAAACUGUUCUUAUAUUCAAAAGCAAACAAUAUAAGGAAUGUAAAGUGCAAACAUAAAAAGCAAUAAAUAAAUUUAAACAACUUUUGUUUUUUUUUUAUACGAAAUCUCUGUUGAAAAUUUGAAGAGUCCCAAAAAUGUUAUUCAUAAAAAAAUUUAGUUUCUUCCUGCACACAAUUUUUCAAUAGCAUCAAAGUUGCAAAUACUUUCCUACGAAAUCUUUGCUGAAUGAUCUAAUUUUGAGAGUGAUUUUUCUACUUCUACCUUACACCAUAUCACCUUCCAACAUUAACAAAAUAUAAGAGGUUGUCAAAGAUCUAGCUUUCAAUCAAAAACGCAAAGAAAUCUAUACUGUAAACUUUAUUUUGUAUUUACACGGAUAUAUUAAGAUAACCAAAGUAUAAAAUCUGUUACUUGCAUUAAAUCAAUAAUACAUAAUUCUGAAUAUGUAUGUAUACUUUAUUGUUAUAGCUGUGCUCACAAUGCUCAUUUUUAUUGUUGACAAAAAUAUUACCAAUCUUGGAUUAAAAUAUAAUCAAGUAAAAGACCUCUCCCACCAUCAGUAGAAAGAAACAAUGAAAUAUUAACACAGAAAUCUUGAAGUAGUGGCUGGCAGAGAAGUGGUAUCUAUCGACUUCUAAGAUGUUUGGUUGGUCAGUGUUGAUUGUCGAACUGUAUAGUGUGUACGGUUAACGUCUACAACUAUCAGCUUUUUUACGUUUUUAUUUUUACUACAACUGUUUAAACAACCAAAGAUAUGACAGAAAAUGAGACCGUCCUUGUCAUUGGAGGAAGUGGCUUUAUUGGACAACAUAUUAUAAAACUUCUUUUGCAAUCCAAGGAUGAAUUAAAAAUAAAAGAAAUUCGGUCUCUGGAUAAGGAACCAUACAAAAACACAAUUGGAAAUUUCGAUACUUCCCAAUUGGUCACAUUUGUUGGUGAUAUAUGUGAGCCCGAAACUAUGGAAACAGCUUUUUCUGGGGUUGAAACAGUAUUUCAUUGUGCAGCGUACGUGAAUAUUCAAUACCCUCCAAAUUACCAAGAAUUAGAACGGGUCAAUGUUAACGGGACCCGCUCAGUCAUUGACAUGUGUAUAAAGCAUAAUGUAAUCCGAUUAGUCUACACAAGUUGUGCUUCUGUUUGCCUAAUUCCUUUCAAAGGAUAUAGCACAUUUUCCAUAAUAAUAAACCAGACAGAAUCAAAAGCAUUGACACCGGUUCAUGAUUUAAAUAAAUCACCAAUUGAGUUUGAUAAAGGGUUUUUAAUACCAGGAUAUUCAGCUUCAAAACUUAGAGCUGAGAAAAUUGUGUUAAACUCAUCAGGAGCCACACUCAGCAAUCAAGCAGGUUGUCUUCAAACUGUUGCGAUGCGCCCACCCCUUACAUACGGAGAAGGUGAUAAUCAUUUUAUGCCAGCAGUAUUUAGAUUUUUAUCAAAAAGAGGCAAUAUUUAUCCACGAAUCGCUGGUUCGGGUGGAAAACAACAAUUGGCAUACGCAGGUUGCCUAUUUAAAAGGAUACCAUUUAUUAUAUACCUAAAAUAUAAAUUAUUACUUUCAGGAAACAUCGCGUGGGGGCAUAUCUGUGCUUAUAAGACGUUAAAAGCUUCACCGAAAGCCAUUGCAAGUCUUCCAGUUUUUAUAACAGAUGAUACUCCAAUAAACGAUAUGGCGAGAUUUGUUCAAAAAGUUGGAAGAGCUACUGGUGCUGUAAAGUUCAAAACAAGUGUGUGGUCCAUACCGCAUUUUAUUUUUUAUCUUCUUGCAUUUCUGGUUGAAAAGGUCGCUAGUGCUUUUAAUUUUAAACUAGAUUAUUCCUUACGCGCAGUAGCCUCAUUUACGGCAUCCGUUUUAUUAUUUAGUCGACUGCGAGCAGAUAUUCACAUCGAUUACGAACCAUUGAUUGAUGGCGAUAAAUCAUUGGAAAUAAGUGGUAAAUGGUACAGUCAAUGGUAUCAAAAAAAUAUUCAUAAUUCACAAUUAAAUAAAAAAAAAUAAAAAAUGUAAUUCCAAAUAAUUAAAGCAUAUCCAAUAGCUUGCCUUUAGCAAUAACUUAAAUAAAAAUAUCCAAAAAUAAGAACGUAUAAAUAAGUUUUCACUGCACAUCACGUUUUAAGCAUUUCCGUGUGCUAUUAUAAAAAGAUUUCUUUUAAUAUAUG